AUGGAAGUGGAGGAGACUGGUGAAACGAGGAGUUCCUGGUAUGAUGGCUCGUCAGGAGAGACGCACACUGUCCUCUGUGAUCAUGCCGGGAAGAAGAGAAAACAAGACCCGGCUCCUGAACCUGUGAUAAGAAUCAUAGAGGAUGAAGAGGAAGAAGAGGAGGGUGAAAUGAUGCCGGGGCACAUGAAGGAUUCGGAGGAGCCAAGUAACAAACGUGUUAAGCCUGUAUUGAAGUCCAACAGCCUGACGGGGGUCAUAACCCCAGUGAAGACCCCCGCCCUGAAACGCAUAGGCCAGUCUAUUUCGCGGUCUAUAAGCUUUCGCACAGAUGCUCGACCUUUGCCCCCUGCUCCUCUGCGCAACCGCACCAAGGCCUCAUCGUUUCCACGUAGACGCAACAGCCAGUGUUGGAGUGACACGGUGGAGAGUCACGACCUCACCGCCAAGGAAAUCAAACGACAAGAGGUCAUCUAUGAGCUCACUCAGGGAGAGAAACAACUUAUAGAAGACCUCAGUUUGGUCAAGAAGGUGUACUACGAGCCCAUGCUAAAGUUGGACAUAAUGACGGAGAGCGAGCUCGGACAAAUCUUCGGUACUUUGGACUCACUCAUUCCUCUGCAUGAAGAUCUGCUGGAUCGUCUCGAGCGGCUGAGGGGAUCGGAGAAGACGGUUGGAGAGGUGGGGCCUACUCUCUUGAACUGGUUCCCGUGCUUGGGAGCCUAUGUCACGUAUUGCUGCAACCAGGUGGGGGCCAAAGCCCUGCUGGACCAGAAGAAGCACGAGAAACGAGUGGAGCACUUCCUGCGCCUGUGUCAGGAGUCUUCAUUUAGCAGGAAAUUGGACUUGUGGAACUUUCUGGACCUCCCUCGGAGCCGUCUGGUCAAAUACCCUCUGUUGUUGAAGGAGAUACAGAAGUGCACACCUCCGGAGCACCCGGAUGAGGACACGAUUCCUGAAGCUCUGGACAUGAUUCAUGCCAUCGUGGCCGAAGUGAACAAGAAGACGGGGGAAGCAGAGUGCCAGUUCUACCGGCGAGGUCUCAUCUACCUCGAGGAGAGUCAGAGACUCUCAGAGAUCCAGCAGUCUCGCUUCCUGUACUGCCACGGAGAGCUCAAGAACAAUAAGGGACAGCGGCUGCAUGUGUUCCUGUUUGAGCUGGCUUUGGUCCUGACCAGACCGGGGGAGGACAGAGAUCUCGGGCAGGUGUUUCAUGUGUACCGACAGCCGCUGCGCAACGCUUUGAUAAAUCUGGAGGAGAUCCCGGAUGGUGAGGCUGCGGGGGGAGGAACCUUCAGAGGAGCGUUCACCGGGGGAAAUGAUAAAGUGAAGAACUGUUUCCGCGUGAGCAGCAGAGGGCGCUCCAAGGUCAACCCUUACUGCCUGCAGGCCAACGACUCCUUCAGCAAGCAGCAGUGGAUCACCUGCCUGCGCCAGGCCAUCGUGCAGUCCCGGGACAGGACGGCCCAGACCAGCCAGUCGCAGCUCCCUCUGCCCCCCGAUCCCGCCCUGUGUCACAUAGCCGACCUGAGUCUGAGCUCAGACACAGACAUGGCGGAUCACAGCACCUGCUGACCGUUGGACUGAUCGCCAGGAGGAGAAACUAAACAGAACUGCUUGUGGAAAAAGA